CGGAGUUUUUCACGUGGUUUUUCUGGUUUCUCACAAUGAAAGCCCUCAUCUUGGUAGGUGGUUAUGGAACGAGAUUGCGUCCCCUAACUCUCUCAGUACCAAAGCCAUUGGUAGAAUUUGCUAAUAAACCAAUACUGUUACACCAAGUGGAAGCACUGGUUAAGGCUGGUGUGAAACAUAUUGUUUUAGCUGUCAGUUAUAGAGCAGAAAUGUUAGAAAAGGAAAUGAAAGCUCAAGAAGAGAGACUGGGGAUCAGAAUAUCACUCUCACAUGAAGAACAACCCCUUGGAACUGCUGGACCAUUGGCUCUUGCACGGGAAUAUUUAUGUGCUGAUGAUGAACCAUUCUUUGUUUUAAACAGUGAUGUCAUUUGCAAUUAUCCUUUUGAAGAUCUUCUUCGAUUUCAUAAAUCUCAUAAAAAAGAAGGCACAAUUAUUGUUACAAAAGUGGAAGAACCGUCAAAGUAUGGUGUAGUAGUCUAUGAUGAAAACUCUGGACAAAUCCAUCGUUUUAUGGAAAAGCCAAAAGUUUUUGUUUCAAACAAGAUAAAUGCUGGUAUGUACAUAUUCAACACAGACAUACUAAAGAGAAUACAGCUUCAACCUACAUCAAUUGAGAAAGAAGUCUUUCCUAAAAUGGCAUCAUCAGAACAGUUGUAUGCAUUCUGCCUGGAAGGUUUUUGGAUGGAUAUUGGCCAACCAAAAGAUUUCAUUACUGGAACUUCACUGUACCUUGAUCAUCUUAAGAAAUCUGCACCUGAUAAGUUAGCAGAAGGAUCACAGUUCAAAAGCCCUGUACUAAUUGAUCCUAGUGCUAAGAUAGGCAAGGAUUGUAAAAUUGGCCCGUAUGUGAUAAUUGGACCAGGUGUUGUCAUUGAGGAUGGAGUAUGCAUGUCUAAGACAACUGUCCUUUCUGAUGCUAAAAUAAAAUCUCAUGCAUGGAUACAGCAGUCUAUUAUAGGAUGGAAAUCUGUUGUAGGGAAAUGGGUUAGAAUGGAGAACACUUCAGUUUUAGGAGAAGAUGUAGAAAUACAAGAUGAGCUACUCAUUAAUGGGGCAAAGAUUUUACCUCACAAGUGUAUAAAUGCUUCUUAUCCAGACCCUCAAGUUAUUAUGUGAUGAAUAUUAUCAUUUUAAACUUUUCACAAUAAAUUAUUUUUUUGCUAGCUGGAGCCCCACCCAC